UCUCAUGCACAGAGCUCACAGCGGUUACAGAGGAAAAACAGAGGCGCCAUUUUUCUUCAAAAAUGGAACGAAGAUUUCUACUCCUCUGCCUUCUCUUCGCCGCUCUUCCGAUCUCACUCGCGCAACUCCGGCGAGAUUUCUACGCCGAUGUCUGCCCUAACGUCGAGAGCAUCGUCCGGACCGCCGUGACGAAGAAGUUCCGGCAGACUUUCGUUACGGUUCCGGCCACGCUCCGCCUCUUCUUCCACGACUGUUUUGUUCAGGGAUGCGAUGCGUCGGUGAUGAUUUCUUCGAGUGGAGGCAAUACGGCGGAGAAGGAUCAUCCUGAUAAUCUGUCGCUGGCCGGAGAUGGAUUCGAUACGGUGAUCAAAGCCAAGGCGGCGGUCGACGCCGUGCCGGGAUGUAGAAAUAAAGUCUCCUGCGCCGAUAUUCUCGUCAUGGCUACUCGAGACGUCAUUUCCUUGGCUCGUGGACCUUCAUAUUCUGUGGAGCUGGGGAGAAAGGAUGGGCUUGUUUCGAGAGCUUCUGAUGUUAAUGGGAAACUGCCUCAGCCAAGUUUCAAUCUCAAUCAGCUCAACGCCAUGUUUGCUGCCAAUGGCCUUUCCCAAGCCGACAUGAUCGCUCUCUCUGCUGCGCACACCGUUGGAUUCUCCCACUGCAGCAAGUUCGCGAACCGAAUCUACAAUUUCAGCCGUACAAAUCCGGUGGAUCCAACUCUGGACAAGGCCUACGCAACGAAGCUUCAAGGGAUGUGCCCCAAGGACGUGGAUCCAAGGAUAGCCAUAGACAUGGAUCCAAACACCCCCCAAAGAUUCGACAACGUGUACUUCAAGAAUCUCCAGCAAGGAAUGGGCCUCUUCACUUCGGACCAAGUUCUGUUCACGGACCCAAGGUCCAGGCCCACUGUCAAGGUUUGGGCCCACAGUGGCCAGACCUUCUACAAGGCCUUCAUUGACGCCAUGACCAAGCUGGGCCGGGUCGGAGUCAAAACCGGAUCCGACGGCAAUAUUCGCACCGACUGCGGUGUAUUUAACAGUUGAAAAACUAAGAACGCUUUUGGGGGUAUUUUUUUUUACUAUUUACUAUUUGUUAACAUUGGAAUAAAGAGGCCAUGGUUAUUUUUAAAAUGCU